AUGGUUUUUAACAAAGACUUUGUCGCUACGUCCAGCCCGCGGUUGAUGCUCAUCUUCGCUGAUUGCGGUCCUCUGGAGUCUAACAGACUGGGCCAGCUGCGAAUCGAUGGCAGGCUCAUAAAGGUCAAGCAGAAGCCCGUGGCUGGCCCUCUGACGCAUGGCUGUGCUGCCAAGACAGGAAAGAAGCAACGAUACGGCUGGCUGCACACAUAUCAAUCAAAGCGCGAUCUGAAUGGACUGGUUCUGGAUGUGGAGAGCGCUGCAGUCUCAGGCUCACAAGGUGCUGGGGCAGGUGGAGAAGAUCCGUUGUACUUGCUGACUCUCGGCGUGGAUGAACAAGAUGACCACGAUCUUGAGGAGAAGUACAACGCAAAGGAGGGUGCUUGA